CACAGCUGCCCUCAGGAGCUCUGAUAGACCAGGCCAAACACCUGGGCAACCUGACCUUCAACAUCUGGAACAACAUGAAGGACAUGGUCUCCUACACUCCUCUCAUUCUGGACCCAAACACUGCUCAUACAAAACUCAUCCUGUCUGAAGAUCUGACCAGUGUGAGACGAGGAGGAGAGAGGCAGCAGCUUCCUGAUAAUCCAGAGAGGUUUGAUUAUUACAGCUCUGUCCUGGGCUCUGAGGGCUUUAACUCAGGGACUCACAGCUGGGAUGUUGAAGUUGGAGACAGUACAUGGUGGGGACUGGGUGUUCUAGCAGAGUCUGUGCAGAGGAAGGGAAGCAUACUGUCUGGAUUAUGGAUAAUAUGGUUUGAGGAAGGUAAAUACUCAGCAUGGUCUCCAUUAGCAGGAUCCACUGCUCUCGCAGCACAGAUGAUCCAGAGGAUCAGAGUGAAUCUGGACUGGAACAGAGGAAAGCUGUCGUUCUCUGAUCCUGAUACUAACACACACAUACACACCUUCACACAUACUUUCACUCACAGGAUGUUUCCAUUCAUUAGCACUGAGGAUGAAGUGAAAGUGUUGCCUUUGAAGGUGUCUGUGUCAGUGGAGCAGAUGAGUUGAGGAUGAUGAUAUUUCUGUUUUUCCUUUUUCUUCCUUUUAAAAAUCCAGUUCUGUCUGGCAGCCUUUGCAAUCAGAAUUAUGAUAUGAAUGCACUGUUGUGCCAAACAUAUUUUGCUUUUCCAAAUCAGCUCUGUAUAUUCUCUAUGGGCUCCCCUUGUUUAAGGUUUAACUGUUUAUUUCAUCUAUGCAUGCUAUUUUGGUUAUUACAAUAUAUGUUGUAUAGAGUAUGAUCCUGUCUAUGGCAGGGCAAGAAGGAAAAAGGGAAGAGGCCCUAGAUGGGCACCUAUGACCGAAGGGUGACAGAGGGCCAGAGUCAAUGAGCAGCAGAUCCCACUAUAGGUGAGAGCCGAGACCAGGGUCCCAGGGCUCCAUGUACCGAAGAACUGUCCAGUACACAAGACAGUCCCCUACUUA